AUGGCGGCCGCCAUGUGCGGAAGAGAGAAAGGGAGGCUCAGCACCCCACCUCUGCUGACGGCUGACACCAUGGCUCAUGCCUCCAGACACUGCCAUGAAGGGGAGCAAUACUCCUACUACCUGCCCCAGCAGCCAUCCAAACUAAUGACGACAGCAGCUGCACAGGGGGGACGGAACUACCCCGUGCCCCGACCACAGCUGACUGCAAGGACCGAGCAAGGCGCCAAGCAGGGUUCCCCAGCACGAAGCUGGACAUCUUACUCACCUUUUGUCCAGCCUGCCACCAAAUGACCCACAAUCCGGCAACACUAAGCCUCCCACCACCGCUGACCCCGGCCCUCAGAGGACCAAGCACACCACAAAGCAGCUGCAGCCCCGGAGACACCAGCGUGCAACCCAUAGAACAGCAGGGCUGGACAGUGUGCAGAUGCCUGCUCUGGAGGACACCCACUCUACACAGAAUGAGCAGAGCAGGUGUCAGUCAGCAGUGGGACUCCCCCUCUGAGAGCGAUCUCAGGACCACCAUGAUGGCGGCUCCCGCUGGGGCAGUACGGACAGCCCACAUUGGCCUGGGUGAUAACAGUGACGACAAUAUUAAAGCAACUGACGAUAAUAUUAGAGCGAAUGCGGAUAGUACUAAAGCGACUGAUGUUAGUAUUAAAGCAACUGGUGAGAGCAUUCAAGCGACUGACAAUAGCAUUAAAGCAACUGUUAAUAGUUUUAAAGCGGCUAACAGAAAUUUAGCGUGA